AUGGCAUUGCUUCCGCGUGCCAAAUAUCUCGAAGGUCUCGUGUUGAACAUUCUCGCCACAUGCAUCGGAAUAUCCAUCUCCCUCCUUGCAAUGUGGUCUGGGAUCAAAGCCCGCCAACACACAACCCCACCUGGCUUGACUGCCUCGUAUAAUUCUUCUCAAGCUGCUGUCUGUGCAAUAUGGUUUUUUUGCUCGAUGUGGGCGGCUGGUACCGUCCGUGCCAAAGUUCCCAUGCUACAGAACUGUGUUUACAUGUAUAGCGUCCUCACCAUGAUCACCAUGACAUAUGCUCCCCGCUUUCACACCAUGGAUCAAGUCAUCUCUUUGAUUGUCGAACUACUGCAGAUCUUCUUUAUCGCGUUCGGAAUAGCGACGGCUGUGUCGUUAUUCAUUUUCCCAAUGACAACGAGAAUGAUCUUGUUCCGGAAGCAAACCACCUACUUUUCGGCGCUAAGGGAAUUCCUUUCGAAGCAAGAGGAUUACUAUCGAGCUUUGGGGAAGUCAGAGUCAUACGCAAAUUUCCAGACGUCUGGCGAGGAAGACCCCGGGCCAACGCAACCUUUCCCCGAGCGAGAGGCUUUAUUGGGAACCCUUGAUCGACUAAUUGCUCUACACAUGGAGCUAUACACUGACACGAUUAGUGCCAAGCGAGAGGUGGCUUAUGGCAAGUUGGAUGCGGAUGACCUACAGCAGUUGUUUAGAGCCUUCCGAGCAAUCCUCACCCCGAUGGCAGGCAUCAAAACCAUCAUUGGAGUAUUUGAUGCACAAGAUUCUGAGCUUCCUGCCGGCCAAGCAAGCGAUGGGAACAUCCAGGGAACAGUCAGUCAGCAAAGGGCGCUGCAGCAUUACUGGAGCAAAGUCAUGACUGUACUGCAUGGGCCGCUCACGGAGAUAACGCAGGUCAUCGAUGAAGGACUGCAGCACGCUGCAAUCGUCCUCGAAUACCUGCCAAACCAAGUUACUCAAACUGACGUUGAAUCUCAGAAGCCUGGUUCCCCGACAUUUGCAGACUACUUGGGCCGAAAGAUCCAAUCAUUCCAAGGUCAACGAAGUGAGCACCUCAGAACUUGGGCGAUCGAAUACGCUGCUCAAAACAAAGCGACAUCGGCGACCCAGAUCGCUACAGCGGGUGGGGAGCAUCUCUCCGUAGUCCUCCACGUGGAACAUCUAAUCUCCAGUAUAGCCAAGGCUGUCCACGCACUAGUCACUUUUGCAGACUCGAAGAGGACAGACGGCACGAUGGCCGGAAAGCGACUGGUAUUUCCUCGUCCUCGCCAUUUCUCCACAAAGCUAGGACAUUCUGCGAGCGCGCAUUGGGAUCUCACCCUCGAGACCUCCGAAGAUGCAGGCAUCGAGGAGACUGUGUCUGGGGAAAAGACAAACAUCCGUCACAGAGGUAAGGAUCCUCGACAUUUGCCACCUAUCAACGCCUGGGAGCGUUAUACAAAUCAUCUUCGUGCUGUGCCCAAGCUCCUCAGGUCGAAGGAAGCCACUUUUGGCCUGAGAAUGGCCCUCGCAGCAUUCUCAGUGGGAAUAAUGGCAUUCUUGGAGAAGACUUGGACGUUUUACUACCAGCAGAGAUUGAUCUGGCCAUUGAUUGUGAUCCUGGUCGCCAUGAAUGUGUCGUCUGGAGAAAGCACUUUCAAGCUGGCCGCUCAGGCGAUGGGUGCAACAGUAGCGAUGGUCAUAUCGUAUAUCUGUUGGUAUAUAGUCGACGGCAAGCCUGCAGGGGUCCUGGUCUUCACCUGGCUCGCAUUCUUCGCCCUCUCCUAUGGGUUUAUCAAGGUUCCCAAAUUCUUCGCCGUUUGGCUUUGUAUCCUUGUCCCCGUUGUCGCAGUUAUUGGAACCUCCCUGCAGUCGCAGAAACUUGGCCAUGCUGCAGUGGUGGCUUCUGGGCAGGAGGAUUAUCCAGUUUACCUCAGCGCUCCAUACCGGCUUCUCACCGUACUUGCGGGUUGUGGGAUUUCGUACUUCUGGACUUGCUUUCCAUACCCAAUUACAGAUCGUGGGCUGCUGGCGGAGAAACUCGGCGACUUCAUGUUCUUGCUCGCCAAAUUCCAGGAUUGCGGGCAUGCGAUUGCGAGCCUCAAGAUGAGGGGCCUGGAAGGCGAUAUGCUCAUAGAGACUAGCCCUGGAAGGAGACUUGAAAAGGCUCAGUACCGGCUCUUCAACCAGAUCAUGACAUUGAUCCCGCCGUUGAGGAUGCAUGCACUCUUCCAAAAGUUCGAUUUGCCGAUCGGGGGAAGGUUCCCCAUUGACACAUACAUGGCCAUCAUGAAGGAGGCGACGAGCAUCAUGAACUACACCAAUCUCCUCAUUCAUUCGUCACGAUCUUGGCAAUUGCCCCCCGGCUCGUCCACAGGAUCUCUCGAGUCCCCUGCACUCCUCGCAUCUGUCUCCGCUAAUUCCCAUGCGAUGACCUCCAUUUUGACACUACUGUCUGCUUCUGUGAGGAAUGGCACGCCCCUGCCCCCGGGCUUCCAAGCUCCGCCUCGAGUCGAUUUCUCCUCAUUAUGGCAGAGGUUGAGCGUUGACUUUAAAUCCAGCGACCCUGCAGAAGUCGAUGAGAAAGAAGAAGAUGCGUUCCGUGCGUGGGCUACGAUGCAGAUGGUCGGCGACAUGACGAACUCGGCGUUAGCGAGGAUGGUGGUUCAUGUCAGGGACUUAAUCGGAGAGGUGGACUAUGAUUUGAAGGACGAGGUUUCCUGA